CCCGCCCCGCCGCGGCGCUUCCAUCAUGGCGGUUCGGCUGCUGCUGGCCCGGGCCCUGCGCCUGCUGCCGCGCUGCCGCUUCGCCCGCGCCCCCCGCCCCGAGCCCCGGCCCGACCCCCGGCCCGCUCCGCCGCCACCGCUCCCGCAGGCCCGACCAUGGUUGUCCUGGCUGCCGGCCGCCUGCCGCCUUCUGUUCCUGCGUGGGCCUGCCCGCGGGCUAGCGGCCGUGGCGCGGCGAGGAGGCGGCGGCGGAGUCUGCCUGGCGCUGGCCAUGGCGCUGGGGCUGGUGGAGCCGCGGCUGGAGGAGCAGCGACGGGCUGAGGCGGCCUGUCGGCACAUCCAGACAGUGUUUGUUGGGAAGAACAAGCCCCUGAAGGAUCCCCUGAGCUCCUCCCGCUGGCAGGGCUUCAAGCUGGAGGAGUACCUGAUUGGGCAGCCCCUUGGCAAGGGCUGCAGCGCUGCUGUCUAUGAGGCAGCCAUUCCCUUCUGCCCUGGCCAGCUGGCAGGGCAGGGGCAGCCAGGUGGGGGCUCAGCUGAGGAGGAGCCUGUGGAAGGACAGCCACCCAAAGGAGCUUUCCCCUUGGCUAUCAAGAUGAUGUGGAACAUCUCGGCUGGGUCAUCCUCUGAAGCCAUCCUUGAUGCCAUGGGCCAGGAGCUGGUGCCAGCCACAGGACUUGCCUUGGCUGGGGAGUAUGGAGCUGUCUCUGGCUGCAGGAAAGCUGCCCUGGGGAGGAAGAAGCUGCAGCCUCAUCCCAACAUAAUCCAGGUGCUCCGAGCCUUCACCUCCUCCGUGCCCCUGCUGCCUGGAGCCAUUGCAGACUACCCUGAUGUGCUGCCCCUCAGCCUCAGCCCCAGCGGCCUGGGCCACAGCCGCACUCUCUUCCUGGUGAUGAAGAAUUAUCCCUGCACCCUGCGUGAGUACCUGAGGGGCAGCAGCCCAGAUGUCUGCCUCUCCACCAGGAUGAUUCUGCAGCUGCUGGAGGGGGUGGACCACCUGGUUCGGCAUGGAGUAGCCCACAGGGACCUGAAGUCUGACAACAUCCUGGUUGAGUUUGAUCCUGCUGGCUGCCCCUGGCUGGUGAUCACAGACUUUGGCUGCUGCCUGGCAGAUGACAGCAUCGGCCUGAGGCUGCCCUACCCCAGCGCCUACGUGGACCGCGGCGGCAACGGCUGCCUCAUGGCCCCCGAGGUGAUCACAGCAUCCCCAGGCCCAGGCAAGGUGAUCAACUACAGCAAGGCUGAUGCCUGGGCCGUGGGAGCCAUUGCCUACGAGAUCCUGGGCCUGGCCAAUCCCUUCUAUGGCCAUGGGGCCUCCUCCCUGGAGAGCAGGAGCUACCGUGAGGAGCAGCUGCCCAGCCUGCCCCCCCACGUGCCCCUGGAGGUGAAACAAGUGGUCAAGAUGCUGCUCCUGAGGGAUCCCAACAAGAGGCUGUCUGCCAGAGUGGCUGCUAACGUGCUUCACCUCAGCCUCUGGGGGGAGCAGGUUCUGGCUUCCCACACCCUGCAACCUGACCAGAUGGUCUCCUGGCUCCUCUGCCAGUCUGCAGCUGCUCUGCUCAUGAACAGAUUGGUGGCUAAAAGCCUGGUGGAGACCAGACUGAAGAUGUGCUUCUUGGCAAACCUGGAGUACGAAGACCUCUGGGCAGCAAUCUUCCUCUUGCUGGCCUGGAGGAGUGGCUCUGGGUGAAGGCUCAGCCAGCUGUGGUAGCACUUUGCAGGCACAUAGGAAUCUCUUCUGUCUGCUGGAACCCCCCCUGUAGAGCUUUAGGGGAGCAGACUGGGUCGAAGAGCUCGAGUUUCUCCCCAGCCAGCAUUAGUAGCCCCUGCUUUUUCUCUCCCUGCUGCAGGAAGUCUCCUUGCUGCAUCACUCUCUCCUGCUGUGAGCACCCUGCAGCUGUGCUGAGGCAGUGUGCUUGGCUUUGGGCCCACCUGGGAGCUCUCCAGUGACUUCUGAGUCCUGUGUGGGGUGAAGGAGGUCCCCUUUCAGGGGUGGGGAGGGUGGGAGGUGGCACUGCCUGGCUGCUCU